AUGACGUCUCAACAGAACGACGGAUCAAACAGCGAUCGACUUGGGUCGGGUCAGAGGCCCUUGGACAUCGUCAUGAGCGGCUACACACAUUACGAGCUAAACGAGAACCUCGAGAUCGAAAAGUGGCAUCGACCGGCAGCUCCACCGGCUCCGGAACCUGGGUCUUUGCUGCUACCAGACCCCGAGGAAAAGGAAGACAGGAGCUUGGAGCUACGGGCCAGAUGGGAAGAGCAGCCCGAGGUGCCGAAAGACAAGUAUCGUGGUCCGUACGUCCUACUUGACCGUGCCCGUCGCGCCGCGUACGAGGGCUACCAGGAGCCCUCGGACCUGCACUGGCCGGUGAAGCUGCCGUCGCGCGCCCAGCUCGCGCGCAUGUCGCACCGCAGGCCGAGGCCGAGGCCAACCAGCACGGCCGCCAAGGCGAGGGAGCGCGGUGGGACAGUGAGGCCGGAGCCGGUGUUUUGGGGCAGCGGCCAGCGGCGCGUUACGUUGGGCAAGGACUACAAAGCCAGUGGCAUGAUCAAAGCCAUACUUGAUGGUGCAAGGGCCAAUGUGAAGGCUAGAGCGUCGAGGGGAGCCAGGAGGUAG